CGUUUUGGUGAUAUGCAGAAGUUUUCAAGUUCGGAAUGUAUUACAGCAGCAGCUUAGAUAAUCGUAUCCUUUAACAAUCGGAUUUAUUCAAGGAGGUUUAAUAUUAUUAAAACUCCGUGGAUUUAUUAUUAUAAUUUACAUCUCCACAGACAUAUUGAUGAUUUAAUGAUGUUUAUUAAGGUCUCUAUACGGAAUGCGAAAUAUUUUAAUUUCCUUUAAUACCACCUUUCUAUAUCCAAAUAUUCGGAUCGUGAUAAGACAGGAAAAUGAAAGAAGGAGAUCGGAUUGUUUACCUCAUGGGACCGAAACAGUCACCAGUGAAAUUUAGUGGGAAUGUAUCGGGCAGAGUCGGGGUUAAACGAGGUCAAGAUGAAGAUGAAGCACCGCUGUUUGAAUUAACCCCCCAAGAUGGUUAUUAUAACAAUCUAUUACAUCCUGAUUGGGGAGCUAUAGAUGGCCAACUUUUACGUCCGUCACGACCUGAUUACAGUGAUUCUGUAUUUGAACCAUCUGGUACUGACCGUCCAAAUCCAUUUACAGUCAGUGAUACUGCACAUUUUGGAGAACCUGGAAAUGGAUCUGCUAGAGGGAGGAACUCUCUUCUUGUUUUCUUUGGUCAACAAGUAGUGGAAGAAAUCAUGGAUUCCCAACGUCCAGGAUGUCCAAGAGAAUUCUUCAAUGUUAAGGUACCUACUGGUCAUCCUAUAUACGAUCGAGAAGGAAAAGGCAAUAUUGAGAUGCCUCUACUAAGGACCAGAUUUGAUCAGAGAACGGGAUACUCCCCUAAUAAUCCGAGACAACAACUUAAUGAAAUUACACCUUAUAUUGAUGGUGGAUUGAUGUAUGGAACAUCUAAAGCCUGGACUGAUACUCUCAGAUCGUUUAAAAAUGGUGAAUUAUUGGCUGAGGGUAAUGAAGAGGAUAUAAAAUUAAGUUUUCCUAAUCAAAAUGACAUCAGGUUGCCCAUGGCUAACCCACCGCCACCCAGAGAACACAUACUCAAACCUGUCAACAGAUUUUACCGUUUGGGAAAUCCUAGAGGAAAUGAAAAUCCAAUGUUGCUGGCAUUUGGUGUGAUGUGGUUCCGAUGGCAUAAUGUAGUCGCUAGAAAAUUAAAAUUACAACACCCUACUUGGAAUGAUGAACAGUUAUUUAAUAGAGCUAGACAAUUUGUUAUAGCACAUCACCAGAACAUAGUCAUGUAUGAGUGGUUGCCCAAAUGGAUUAGUAUUUAUGAAAAUGGGACUGAAGAAAAUAUAUCAGAUUAUUCGGGUUAUAAACCUAACGUACAUCCUGGUAUCUCACAAGAAUUUCAGGCUGCAGCUUUGAGAUUUGGUCAUACUUUGGUUCCGUCGGGUAUAUUUACAAGGAAGAUCGUCGACAAUGGACAAUGUAAGGUAACUUCAAAUAUAAUAACCAACGGUACCGGUCAUAACGUACCAUAUACUGGAAUACGAGUUUGCACAUCAUUUUGGAAUUCUCAGUUGCUGUUAAUUAGUCAAAUAUCAAUAUUUGGUGACGGUAACAAGGUACCCCUUGAAACAGAGGAACCUGGUAUUGAUAGUGUAUUUCUGGGGAUGAUUCAUACUCUAUCUGAGAAAGAAGAUCAUAUUAUAGUUACUGAUUUGAGAGUCGCUCAAUCUACAGGUAAUGUAUUUGGCCCACUAGAUUUUAAUCAGCGUGAUUUAGCAGCUAUAAAUAUUCAACGUGGUCGGGAUCAUGGAUUACCUGGUUAUAAUGAAAUCAGACAAACUUAUGGUUUAAACAGAUUAGGAAAUUGGUCUGAUAUUAACCCAGAUCUAACAGAGAUUCUGGAGAAAUUAAGAGAGUUAUAUGAUAAUGAUACAGCACCAGAUAAUCUGGAUAUUUUUACUGGAGGAUUAUUGGAAACAACUGAUGAUGGGUUAGGUCCAUUAUUUAAGGCUAUAACAAUAGAGCAAUUUGAACGUAUUCGAGAUGGAGAUAGAUUUUGGUUUGAGAAUAGAAAUAAUGGGAUAUUUUCGGAUGCUGAAAUAGAAGAAAUCAAACAAAUAACAUUAAAAGAUAUAAUUGAUAAUACCACGAAUAUUGGAGCUGAUCAAAUGUCUAAUAGUGUCUUCUUGUGUAGAAAUAAUGAUACCAUAGCAGAAUGCAAUUGUAUGGCACCAUUUAAUAGAACAGCUAUAGAUAAUGGUAUACAUGAAGAAUGUGUUGAUUUAUCAACUUAUGAUUAUUUUUCUGGAAGUGAAGCAUCUUUUGCCUUAACAUUUGUAGCUCUAGGGCUAUGUGUUCCAUUAACCAUUGGUAUCAUGAUAUUUAUGGCUAAACGCAAAGAAAAGAAGAUGGCUGAAGCUAACAGACGUCGACCAGCAAGAAGUGACACAACUGAUCCCAAUAAAUUUUCUGCUACUGAAUGGGUUGGUAUUAAAAGUGGUGAAAGGAAUGUUAAAGUUGAAUUAGAUAGAAACCGUAAGAAAAUAAUGGUAACUGAUAGAACUGGCAAGACUUUAAGAUUAAUUGAUUUACGACGUACAGACAGAGUUCAUAUUAGAAUAUCAGAUGAUAAAGAUCAGUCUGUGAUUUCUGUAAGAGUUCCUGGUGAAACAGAUCUGAUUCUCCGAUUCAUAGGGUUAAGUGAACGUCAAACUAUUGUUGGUAAUAUUGAGAAAUUCUUACAAGAUUUAAGUAUAAAUAGAGAACGACAUGAGUUUACAGAAGCUACCAUUAUGAAAGAUGCUGUCACAUUUGAUGAUAGGAAGAAAUUAUUGGACACUUUCUUCAAAGUCAUUUGUUUACAGGCUUUCAACAAAAACAAGUCAGCUUUGAGUGAUCUUGGUAUUGAGAAUUUAGAUUUAACAACAGCCAAUGAAAUAAGAAAGAUUAAAUUAACUAGAACUGAGUUUGCUGAAGCUUUAGGUCUACAGCCUGACAGUCUGUUUGUCAGAAACAUGUUCUUACUGGUUGAUAGAAGUAAAGAUGGUUUUGUAUCAUUUGAAGAAUUUUUGAGUAUGUUUGUAACCAUGGCAAGCGGUGGAGCUGAAGAUAAAGCCAAACUAUUAUUUAACAUGUAUGAUUUAAAAAGAAAAGGAGAAUUAACUAGAAGAGAUUUUACUAAAAUGAUAAGAUCUAUGAUGGAUAUGGCUGAUGCUACAUUAGAUGAUUCAAGAGUUGAUACAUUCUUAGAUCAUAUGUUUGAACAAGCAGGUAUAGCAAAUAAACAAACUAUGACAUUUGAUGACUUCAAAAAGAUAUUUGCCUCAGAAGAACAUGGAGAAAUCUUACAGAAUGCUACUUUAGCUUUUGACAAAGUUGAGAAGAAAUCUGGUAAUGGUAAUAGUAAUUUAUUAAUGAGGAAGAAAACAGUUAUUAAUCAAUACAGAGAUAAAACUUUCCACCCUCAAAGUAGAAAUCGUGAAUCUAAAAUCCAUAUUGAAGCUACCAAGAAGCAGAUACCAAUGGGAAAGUUUCAGACUAAGAUUUAUGAAAUAACAAGAUAUAUAGAAAAUUACAGACUACAUAUAUUCUGGUUUAUUCUCUUUAAUCUGGUAACAUUAGGAAUCUUUAUUGAAAGAGCAUACUAUUAUUCGAUAGAAAGAGAACAUGCUGGAUUAAGAAGAUUAGCAGGUUAUGGUGUUAGUGUUACUAGAGGUGCUGCCAGUGUUCAAAUGUUUUUAUAUGUUAGUUUACUAGUGACUAUGAGUCGUAACACUCUAACAUUCUUCAGAGAGACAUUUCUACAUCGCUUUAUUCCAUUUGAUGCAUUUCAUGCUAUGCAUAAAUAUACAGCUCUCUUAGCUUUGAUAUUUACAGCAAUGCAUAUAAUUGGACAUGGUAUAAAUCUGUUUCAUAUCAGUACACAAGCUUCAUCUGAUUUAAACUGUUAUUUUAGAGAAUAUUUCAGAGCAACUGAUGUCUUGGCUACAUUCCACUACUGGGCUUUUACUACUAUCACUGGUAUCACAGGAGUAAUUCUUACAUUAAUAAUAAUUGUUAUGUAUGUAUUUGCUACUGAAUAUGGUCGAAGACAUCUUUUCAAUGCCUUCUGGUUUACCCACAAUUUCUACGUUUUCCUGUAUAUAUUCCUCAUUUUACAUGGUAUUGGACGUCUGGUACAAGAUCCAUUAUUCCCGUAUUUCUUCUUGGGACCCUUAGUAGUCUUUGUAUUGGAUAAAAUGGUCAGUUUGAGUAGAAAUAAAGUCGAAAUCGUUGUGAAAAAGGCUGAAAUAUUACCAUCUGGCGUGACUAAUUUGGUAUUUAAAAGACCACUGAAUUUUGACUACAAAUCUGGACAAUGGGUGAGAAUAGCCUGUUUAGAUCUUGGACAGAGUGAAUACCAUCCUUUUACCUUGACAUCAGCUCCACAAGAAGAGAAUCUUAGUUUACAUAUCCGAGCCGUUGGACCUUGGACUACCAAUAUCAGGAGAGUUUAUGACAUAAAUAACAUUGUUAGUGAGAAAGGCUUCCCAAAGUUAUAUUUGGAUGGUCCAUUUGGUGAAGGACAUCAAGAUUGGUAUAGAUACCCUGUGGCUGUAUUAGUAGGUGGCGGAAUUGGUGUCACUCCAUUUGCUUCCAUUCUUAAAGAUUUGGUACAAAAAUCUAAGAUGAAAGUGAAAUUCCCUUGCCAAAAGGUUUAUUUCUUGUGGGUAACGAGAACACAGAAGAGUUUUGAAUGGAUGACUGAUAUUAUUAGAGAAGUAGAAUUAGGAGAUGUCAAUAAUUUGGUUUCAGUUCAUAUAUUCAUUACCCAAUUUCAACAAAAAUUUGACUUACGAACCACUAUGUUGUAUAUUUGUGAAAGGCAUUUCCAGAAAGUGGCUGGGCAAAGUUUAUUUACUGGAUUGAGAGCGACAACUCAUUUUGGACGACCCAAGUUUCAAGAUUUCCUUUUAUCUUUAGCACAUGAACAUGAUGGGGUACCUCAAGUAGGUGUGUUUAGUUGUGGACCACCACCAAUGACCAGUAAUGUAGAUAAAGCCUGCUCAUCACUCAAUAAAUUAGAAGGCCCCACAUAUGUACACCAUUUUGAAAACUUUUAGAAAGUAGUAGCUAGUAGUUACCUUGUACUUAGUUAUAUGGAUCUGCUGUACAAUUUUCUAUAAUAUUUAUAUCCUGAAUUUUAUUAUUAAAAUUGAAUUUAUUUUGUCUGUGGAUAGAGCUCAAUUCCGCUAUCCAUGCCACUUUUCCUAAUGCAGUUAUUAACAAUGAUGUUACAACAGCUUCUUCUGAAGACAAUUACCCAGUACAUUCUUAUUUAAAAGCAUUUGAACAAAUCAGAUUUUCAUUAUAAAUAGAGACAAGAAUUCCUGAAAUUGAGUCUUGGUACCUGGUAUAACAAACAUUGAGCAUUUGUAUUUUCAUAUAAGAAAUAUUUAAAAGGUUUCUAAUUUUCAAAAAUUUUAUUGUUACAACAAAGCAUAGAAAAAGCAUGACAAUACCAGGCCUUGCCCUAAAUUGUGGAAUGAAAGAAGGAAUUUGAUAAACAACCUCUUGAAAUUUACUUUCAAGGCAAACACUUCAUCACUCUACUUAAAGGGCAAGUCCUGAUAAUAUAGUUUGUAAAUAUAUAAUUUUUAUAUCAUGUAUUUUUGAAUGAUGAUAAUUCAUUAAACUAAUGGUUUUAUAAUACAUCUUACUACUAAUAUAGCCUUUCAUUUUAUCAAAUUUCUUCAUGUAUAAAAUUGCUUUAUAUUAUUCUCUUUGAAAUUUUCUGCAUGAUGAAAUAAGUAGAAUUUUCUUCCUCUCAGGUAGCUUUUAUGUGAUCCUGUGCAAAGUGACCAUGAUCUACCCCAGAUUUACUAUACUAUAUAUAUAUAUACUAUACUCAUGUAGAAGUUUUUUCUUGCCAUCUAAAUAUAUUAUAAUCAUGAAUUAUUUUAUAUGUAUGUAAUGAUUUCAUAUUAAAACUAUUCAUUAUGAAGAUCAUUUAAUGAAAAUAAGAAUUAAUGCCAAAAAUAGUAAACACCUGAUAGAAAUAUAAAGACUGAUUAAAGAAAUCUGCUUUUACAAAAAAGAUUAUGGCAGUCAAUUUCUUUUCAAGCUCUUCAUGCUAUUUUGAGAUUUGACGUCAGAAUUGAUAUGGAAUAUUUCAUGCUCAUAAAAUCUUUUUUUUAUUUUUGGUAUAAAACUAUGUAUAGAAACAAAAUAUAUUUUUUUUUCAAUUACUAUUUUGUGAUUAUCACAUAUAUGUGUGAUUUCUGUAAUUACAAACAUACCUGACCAGAUUAUAAUGUCACUGACACAAUCUCAAAUUCUAUUAGAGGUAAAUGGUUUUAGCAAUAGUGGGUCAUAAUCUAGUUUUUCUAGAACAGGAACUGCAGACAGAAGAUAGGAUAGUGCCAAAAAAAGUUAUAACUGCACCCUGAUAAUUAGGUGACAAAUCUUUUGACCUUUGAGAGAAACAUCAGAGACAUGCUUCUUAAGUUUUUGCAGAUCCGAAUAGCAGCCCAUCUAGUCCAUAGAAACAUAGAAAUGUGAAUCAAAAAAUAUUAGAGGUUUAUGACUAUAAUUUAGAUCACCCGAUGACUGACAUGUAAUGGCUAACCUCUACUUGAUUUCCGAUAGAGGAUAUUGACUGUCUAGACAUUUGAGCUUCCCUGUCGGUCAUGUCUGGCAUAUACAGGAAAAUCAACAGCCCUGCUUUCAACAGUUCUGAAUAUAUUACAUUUUAAAUCCACACCCUUCUUUUGAUUAGUAUAAAAACACAUCCUCAUAUGAUAUCAUAUUCUUUUAAGUCAACUAUAGUAUUUUCAAUUUUACAACACUGGCAGAAAACUAUUUAGGUCUAUCUGUGAUAAAAGUAAAGCUAUUCAUUUGUACAUAUGUAAAUGUAAAUAAAGUGGAAUUUAAAUAGAAAUGUUCAUAGCCAACUCUUCUAAUGGUCUCAAUCUACUUUCACUUAAAACAACUGACAGCUCUUUAUAUCUAUUAUAUUUUUCUUCAAUUUUAUCACUUGUCUCUAAUAUUUUCUUCUGCUUUGGUUUUAAGGCAUUUUGUAACAAUCUAUUCUGAGAUUCUAGUGAUUUGACAAGUUCUUGAAACUGAUUGUGUUGUUUGGUUUUAACUGAUAGAAGAUGGGCUUCAAUAUCUAACUCUGGUUCACCUGUAGGUCUCCAUGCUGUAACAUUGUUAUCAGACUCUUCACUCAAUCUAUCAAUUUCAUUUAACACUUGGGCUAUAUUUUCUUCUUUAUACAUACACUCCAUUUCUGCUAAUAUGUGUUCUUUAAACUGUUCAAUGAAUUUUUGAUGAAGUUUCCUAAAAUUUUCUGGAUCUUUCUUAUAAAUUGGUUUCAAAUGCAAAGCAAACUUUUUAAAUCUUGCUGACGAUAUACACAAUUUGACAACUCUUUCAAUGAUCUCCCUAAAUAGUUUCAUUCGGACCCCUUCUUCAACCGAACUGCAUUUGUCAACAGUAGUCGUUGUAUCAUUGCCUUUUUCAUCUUUGAAGUUCUG